AUGAAGGUUCAGGGUCGACUGAUUGUGUCGGUAGUACCAAGUAAAGACGAAAUUGUCGUUGCGAGCGAACCCAAAGAGCCGAUGGACCGCAUGGAGGUACCUGCCUUCACGAUGACCGAGUCCCACUCGAUGGUCGAUCGCAGUGCACGCGACUCAUUACAGUUUUUACUGUCGGGCGUGUAA